AUGAAUACCAUGACCUCUGACCGCAUUCUUCGCCACGAAUCCGCGGUCCCUGACCAGUUCAGAAGGUCUGACGCAUACAGGCUUCCUCCCGGUACACGGACGUACGCCAACCAGUUCAACAAGAUCUAUAGUCAGCGCGUGAAAAAGCUCAAGUCGCGUUGUCUCAAGCGUGCCAACGCCAAAUGGAAACAGGAGACAAUCAACAACACGAACGUGGUGUAUGUGAACAAAAUACUUGAUGUUAAGAACAUGACGCCCUGCUACACCAUCGGAACCGUUUUCAUGGACAUGAAGUACAAGCCAAACAUCCUCGAGGAGGUGAGCAACAACGUGUAUGGGGCAAACGACGUGCAAGAGUCUGCGGAGCUCAGCAAACUGGAUCAGCUCCGAGCCACCGCGUACUCAGAUCCGCAGAACGACCAGGUGAUGCUCGAAGACGAGUCUGGCCGGAUGAUUCUGGACGGCGAGAUCCUCGAUAAAAUACUACUUGUCACCGGGGCAGUGGUUGGUGUUCUGGGCAUGGAAGUUGAGGCUGGCAUUUUCACCGUGGUGGACGUGGUAUACCCGGAGCCUGGGCCCCAAGUGCCGCGUCCUAUGCGCGCCGCGGGCAACAAAGUGCUGCUUCUUUCUGGGCUUCAUAUCAACAACCAGAGCAGCCUGGGUCCGCUCGAAGUGCUCAAGGAGUACCUCAUGGGAGAGUUGGACUCGUCUCCUGAGACAGUAGAAUUUCUGAGAUCGAUUACGCAGGUCGUCGUGGCGGGAAACUCGAUCAGAUGCGUCGAGUCGGCCGAUCAGGUGGUUCUGGAGAAAGAUAAAUACAGAGAGCUCAACAAGUCCAACUACGACGCGGACGCAAUCAAGCAGCUGGACGCCUACAUCUGCGAGCUGCUAAACUCCGUCCCUGUGACCAUCAUGCCGGGCGACUCGGACCCCUGCGAGGUGAGUCUUCCGAAACAGCCUCUGCACCCGUCGUUUUUCGCAAAAGCCGGCUCGUAUGCCAAUUUCGUGCGCUCAACUAAUCCUGUGUGGCUAGAAAUCGACGGCGUGCGACUGCUGGGCACGUCGGGAGAAAACAUCAACGAUAUGUUCAAGUAUUUUAUUCCUAACAUACAAGUGGACCUCAACGGAGAGGGCAGUGGCAUGGACUCGCCGGUCAGGAACGAAAUCGUCAACGAGUCCAGACUAAAGCUUCUGGAAGCAACAAUGCACUGGCAGAACGUCGUCCCUACAGCGCCAGACACGCUCACAUGCUACCCGUACGACGUCGACGACCCGUUCACCUUGGACGAGACGCCUCAUGUGUACUUUGUUGGCAACCAGCCGAAAUUCGAGACCGCUGAGAUGACACUGCACUGCGCCAGAGACGCCCCAAUACACGUGCGCAUCGUCGCGGUGCCGGAUUUCUGCGAGACAGGCCAGAUGGCAGUGCUGGAUCUGGACAGCCUCCAAUGCGAGGCCAUAAAAAUAGCCGUUUAG